ACAUUCCCAGUUUUUCAGCUGCGACGGCUGGUUGUCCUCACGAUUUUGAGUAGAUCAGCUGCAGACCAAAGUCGGUAGUCGAGUUUCGAAUUUGAGUCGGUUUUUGUUUUUGGAAGCGGUGCGCGUAUUCGAUUUUUGUUUUGACUUGAGCUCGGCUGUAGUUUCGGUUUGCCAGAACUGGAUCGAAGGAGAAUCGACACAGAAACAGGGAGUUGGCGAAACGGAUACAAAACUGAAGUUGGAUCGGUAAUCGCCUGCCCGGUCAUAAACAACAACACAAGGGAGCACAGCCGCAUACGCAUACGCGCCUCUGUCUCUAAUGCCUUAUCAGUAACAGGCAUCGUCGAGUGUCGUAGGAAGAGCCCGACAAAGGCCGACCUUUACCACUCAAUUUGGAUCUGAUGUGCCAUUCUCGCGCUGUCUCGUAAAUUAAUGUCAUAAAUUAACUUUAGAUUUCUUACGCUAACCGGUGGUCGUCAGCGGUCCGAAAACGCCUUUGCGCUCGAGAUACAGGGGCGGUUUCUAAUCAAUACAAAUAUCCUACCUGCCGCCGAGUCAAGUGUUUUAGUGAGUGUGUGACCCUAUGUUCCUUAUAUUACCUUGGUGCUAAGGAGAAAGUUUAAAAAAAGCGGCAUUCAAAUCGUAGUUUGUGCAAUAAGAAAAGGCAAGCCAAUGGUGUCAAUCUCUAAGACAACGCCGAAGUGAUGCAUGUCCGCAAAGUAAUAGAUCAAGUUGUGCGCACACUUAUUACCGGCGAGCCUAGCCGGGCAUCUAAUCGUGGCCAGUGUCAAGUGUCCAAUAGCACAUCUAGCCGGGGUGUAGAGGAUUACCCAAGACCAACGUAGCACCGCAGCCCUUUUAAGGAGGCAUAAGGCUCGCAAGACACAACGCACAGCCUACACAACGACAAACAUAACACGACCGACGGACAUCAUCCUUGGAAAUAGACCUCGUGUCAUUCCAAAAGACGCACAUGGGCGUCUGCACCGAGGAGCGCCCUGUGAUGCAUUGGCAGCAGAGCGCAAGAUUUCUUGGGCCCGGCGCAAGGGAGAAAAGUCCAACACCACCUGUAGCACAUCAAGGGAGCAAUCAAUGUGGCAGUGCUGCAGGUGCAAAUAACAAUCACCCAUUGUUCCGCGCGUGCUCCUCAUCCUCGUGUCCAGAUAUUUGUGAUCAUAGUACAAAGCCAUUUGGCAACGCUUACGGCACCGAGUCAUUUAGAAGCUACGAAACAGCCGAUCGUGCUACCUUUGAGGACUCAGCCGCCAAAUUCUCCAUCAGCCGCAGUCGAACAGACUGCACGGAGGUCAGCGACGAGACGACGUCGGGCAUAUCAUUCAAGACCGAACCCUUCGGACCGCCCAGCAGUCCCGAGUCCACAAGCGAUAGCAAAAUAACGCGCAACCUCGACGACUGCUCCGGCUGCGGACGUCAGAUACAGGAUCGCUUCUACCUCUCCGCUGUGGAAAAACGGUGGCAUGCAAGUUGCCUACAGUGCUACGCCUGUCGGCAGCCGCUGGAACGGGAAUCCUCAUGCUACUCACGUGACGGCAACAUUUAUUGCAAAAACGAUUAUUAUAGUUUUUUUGGUACUCGCCGAUGCUCGCGCUGCCUGGCCUCCAUCAGCUCCAACGAGCUGGUCAUGCGCGCCAGAAAUCUUGUUUUUCACGUCAACUGCUUCUGCUGCACUGUCUGCCACACGCCACUGACAAAGGGAGACCAGUACGGCAUCAUCGACGCCCUCAUCUACUGCAGGACCCACUACAGCAUAGCCAGGGAGGGGGAUACCGCCUCAUCCAGUAUGAGCGCCACCUACCCGUACAGCGCCCAGUUCGGCUCACCCCACAACGACUCCUCGAGCCCGCACUCGGACCCUAGUCGGAGCAUUGUUCCUACGGGCAUCUUUGUGCCCGCGUCCCACGUAAUCAACGGACUGCCGCAGCCAGCUCGUCAAAAGGGCAGGCCCCGCAAGCGCAAGCCCAAGGACAUCGAGGCGUUCACCGCUAACAUAGAUCUCAACACUGAGUACGUGGACUUUGGCCGAGGCUCGCACCUAAGCUCCUCGUCGCGCACCAAACGAAUGCGAACCUCGUUUAAGCAUCACCAGCUGCGUACCAUGAAGUCCUACUUUGCCAUUAAUCAUAACCCUGAUGCAAAGGAUCUAAAACAAUUGUCACAGAAAACUGGUUUACCAAAGAGGGUCCUACAGGUCUGGUUUCAAAAUGCAAGGGCCAAAUGGCGCCGCAUGAUGAUGAAGCAGGAUGGCAGCGGCCUGCUGGAGAAGGGCGAAGGCGCUCUGGACCUCGACAGCAUCUCCGUGCACAGUCCUACGUCGUUUAUAUUGGGAGGACCGAACAGCACACCGCCACUUAACUUGGACUAACGGAUGCUCAGGAAACGCGAAAACAAAAUGAUAGUGACAAAGGAAAUGGGCGCAGCAGUCACCUCCGACAUCAUACGUUCUUAUGCCAGUUGUCUAUUCGCGUGCCUCAUACACAGUCCCGGACCCGGUUUGACUACUGAAUCCGGAUACUUGUCUAGAUCAAGCACGGCUAGCUCUUGAAUGCUAUGGGCUGCCUUGUCGGAUGGGAAUCAAUUUGGAAAGCUUGUCUUGUGUUCAAAAUCGAAAAAUUGAUUCAUCCACACGUUAAACGCCCGGGAAACGCCUCGGAAAAUGCUAAGAAAAUAUGUAUUUUUGUAUUUGCCUAUUGACCGUUUCCAGCACUACUCGCCUCGUCCUUGCCCCACAUGUUGUUUCUAUAGUUUUAACGUUCACUUGUAAAUAUGUACUGUAAUCACAUAGUUUAUUUCAAACGAUCCAUAUUAGCCUGACUCCCCUGUUUUUUGUAUUCUUUUAAAGCGCAGAAUAUCAAUUCGAACAUUGAAAUUAUGAAUCAAAAGAAGGUGGAUUCAUGCAAAGAUUACCAACUUGUAACGUUCUUUCUAAAGCUGUCAUAAUAAUUAAGAAAACACAACUUCGCUAAAUUUCAAUUUGUAUAGAAAAUAGUUAUGUUACUAUACCAGUCAAAAUUUUUAAACAUCAAACUUGCAGAAUUUACGAAUUAAAGUAUGACUAAAAACUUUUAAAUACCAAACAGCGAAACGUGUGAUAUUUUAAAUUUGUUUUUUUCUUUUUCAGUGACACGACUAAAAGAUACCCGUUAAAUUGUAAAAUAAUCUUGCCAAUAUAUAUGCGGCCAGGUCAUGCCCUUCCUCAUAUGAAUUGCCCGCUGGCAAUGUUUUUACCAAGCUUUCACCUUCCGAUUAGGUUUGGUGGUCAUUUAAGUAAAUUCCGAUUUAAACUUUGUUUUUAAUACGGGAGCGUGUCACUUCCUUUCGGUAUGAACAUAGGUGAGGAAAAGUUUGAGGCCAAUCUUACGGCGCACAAGCGGCACACAAAUGAAAUGAAAUUCUUUAGCUUUUAUAGUAGACGAAAAACGAUCCUUAUCAAGCAUAAAUGCUUAUAUCUCCUGUAACAUUAUUUUUGACCAGUCUAGUUUACACGUAUGUUCUACGAGGAACGGACCGAUUGUUCCUAUGAGAGCUAUAGGUUUUACCAUAUGUAUAUGCAUGCAUUACUUCAGCUCCAUCUCUUUUUGAUUCAUAAACGUAUAAUGGUUUGAGAGUAAACAUUUUGUGGCGUAUAUAGUUCAAGUUUACAUAUUUAGAGUACGGUGCCCAAGACGCGCUUUAAAAAUAUUGAAAACGGGUUGUUAAUGAAGUCCCAUAUGUAUAAUUGUCUAGGUACAUGGAUAUUGUUAAUAUAUUAUUAUUUUUAUUUAAAGAGCUCUCAACAAUAUGUAUGAAGAAAUCUGCGUAUAUCAACAUAUAAUGAAAUGCUGAUGCAUUCGUAUUAUUAUAUGUAACUAAUAUUUAUUGCCCAAAUUUAAUAGUUAGAGACGAAUUUAGUUUAGAACAGACUAUACAAUAAAGUCCAUAUGUACAUGUAGUAUUACGGUAAAGUAAUAGCUUCGCUCAAGCAUACGACCAGGUUCGUAAGCUAUUAAUACGAAACUGUAAUUAUAAUCAAAUCAGUAAACACUGGAAGAUUUGUACUUACAAAUAGUUAACUCAUAAGUCUUACCAUAGAAGCUUAAAUAAAACGUAUUCAAGC